AUGGAUCUUUUGUGGAGGGAGCCAGUGUUAGAUCAUAGAUGGCUUACAAAUGCAGUGGAGGAUUAUCGUAGAAGUGAAAAGGAACAUGAAAACAAUGAAUCGCCACCAGCAGACAAUGAAAUCCGAUGUACACAAUCCGGCAAGAUUACGCGUUACGUUGAUGUAGGAUUACAAAAGUUCAAGACCAAGUCUGAUAUCGUCAUUGUUGGAAAAGGACCUACUAUCAACAAGGCAGUAACUGUGGUGGAGAUUAUCAAACGCAAGAUGGAAGGCUCGCUUCAUCAAUACACACAGCUCGGAAGUGUUACGACCACAGAGCAAUGGGAUCCAGUGGAAGGAAAAGAUAUGGAUAGAAUGGUUGCCGAGAAACGGACCCCAGUCAUCAUUAUGCACCUUUCAAAGAUUGCCAUUCCGGAUUUGGAAGCAACAUCAGGCUACCAAGCACCCACAGGCAACGACAUUUACUCUUAG